GUGCUCUUCCGUCACUGAGUACACGCCUUCGGGGGCAACGAAGGUCGAGUCAUUUUCCAUGCUGCCCACGGGAUGUGAGGCUGCAACGGCCAGUGGGUAGCUUGGGCCGACCAGAUGGCGAAGACGGCGAGGACGUGAUCCGGAAGGGACUUGGCCUCUUGUGUCGGAUGACCAGGGCCGGCGCUGAACCAGUCUCACUGGUACCAGCCACCAUGAUCUCUCUCAAGUCGACGGGGCGAUGGCGAGCAGCAACUCUUGCACGGUUGCAUCGGCGCGUCCGCAGAUGGAACUCGACGGCCACCGUGGCUCACCCGGCUGGUGGCCAUCUCCCCUCUGUAGCUACAUCCUCGUUUCUCCGGACAACCCGCGACUCAGCCCUCCGCACGGCAGGGAUACACUGGACAGAUGAACAGGAAUCGGGGUCGUCGGACAGUCUUAUCGCGGGGCGCGAAACGCGCAAGAUGAACAUGUACCAAGCAGUCCGCGACGCGUUAAGCAAUGCAAUGAUGAGAGAUGACACGGCGGUGGUGUUCGGUGAAGAUGUGGCUUUUGGUGGAGUGUUCCGAUGUACAAUGGGGUUAGCAGAGGAAUUUGGCAGAGAGAGGGUAUUCAAUACCCCGCUGAGCGAACAAGGUAUCGCUGGUUUCGGGAUAGGAAUUGCGGCUAUGGGCCAAACGGCAAUCGCUGAGAUCCAGUUCGCCGACUACAUCUUCCCCGCAUUUGAUCAGAUCGUCAACGAAGCCGCGAAAUACCGCUACCGCUCGUAUGGUCAAUUUGACGCUGGGUCGCUUACCAUUCGAUGCCCUUCGAUGGCGGUUGGACAUGGUGGACACUAUCAUUCCCAGAGUCCCGAGGGAUUCUUCAUGGGCGCAGCAGGAAUCAAGGUUGUCAUCCCUCGUUCUCCUACUCAAGCAAAGGGUUUACUGCUUGCAUCUAUUCGCGACCCGAACCCAGUAAUCUUCAUGGAGCCCAAGAUUCUGUAUCGCUCUGCGGUUGAACAAGUGCCUGUGGGCGACUAUCAACUACCUCUUUCGAAAGCGGAAACGCUGAUUCGGGGCUCGGAUCUUACUGUGCUCUCCUGGGGUACACCCAUAUAUCACUGCGAGACUGCGUUGCAUAUGCUCGCUAACCCAUCCGAUAAACUCUCGUCGCAUGUACCAUCGUCGGUGCGUGGUGCGAAGGUGGAACUCAUAGACUUGCGUACCAUCCUCCCAUGGGAUGUCGAUACUGUCGCAGAGAGUGUCAACCGCACAGGCAGGCUCGUCGUUGUCCAUGAAGCUGGUCGUGUGGGCGGCGUUGGUGCUGAGAUUGGCGCGGAAAUCCAGAGGAGAUGCUUCUUGAAGCUUAACGCGCCGGUCAAGCUGAUCACAGGAUGGGACAUGCCUGUCCCCAUGCAAUUCGAAAAGUUCUACAUGCCGGAUUCUUUGCGGAUACUUGACGGGAUUAUUGAGGCAUUGACAUACUAAUUGUGAUAUCAUCUGUACUGCUAGUCGUGGAUAUUCUGACCCCUGUACUUGAGUCCAAUGGAAGGAACUGUACGUAGUACUGUUGCAAUAGGUAUAGGCUUGCCCAAGAUUCUGAUGUAGAUACAUCGCUUUCCCUGUAUUUCUCGUUCAUGAUCACGCAAAGUGGAUCCAUGCACAAAGCAAAGCGUUUUACAAACUGUGGCGAGGACACGGAUGUAGUCACUAGCUUCGUAC